CCAGUGCAUAAUGCCCCGGGUUGAGCAUCCCGGGGAUGUCGCGCGGCCACGCUGAUGCACUGCGGGCGGGCGCAGCGCGGAGCCUCCCGAGCCGCCGAUGCUCCGCUCCGCUCGGCUCCCCGGCGCCGCUCUGGACCCCGGAUUCUGCUUCUCGCCGCGGGCCGCCGGCCCUCCUCGCCGCCUCCUCCAGGCCCCCUCUCUCGGGCGGAAUUCCAAAUGCCGGCGGGCCGCGGCCAGGGCCGGGAGAGGAGGCAGCGCGCGACCGCGGAGAGGCGCGGACCCGGAGGCUAGCAGGACGCGGGGGCUCCACGGGCCUCGCUUCCCCCCCACCCCGCCUCCCGGAAGUCACACUCAGCCUGGGGUCUCCAGCGGGGAGAUGCGGAAUGUGGGGAAGGAGGAAAGGAACAGAAAGUUCCAGUGGCCAACCCAAUGCCCACAGCCAAGCUGGGGCAGAGCCACACGAAGGCGCCCUGUUGAGCCAACCUGGUGUCCCCAGGGCAGGCCAAGCUUAA